UUCCAAAAACCAACAGGUGAAACCUCCAACCGUGAUCGGCCAGUUCCACACCCUCUUCUUUGGUUCUGUGAGGAUGUUCUUUCUUGGAGUGCUGGGCUUUGCGGUUUAUGGGAAUGAGGCUUUGCAUUUCAGCUGUGACCCAGACAAAAGAGAGAUAAAUCUCUUCUGUUACAAUCAGUUCAGGCCAAUAACUCCCCAAGUGUUCUGGGCAUUACAACUCGUGGUUGUCCUGCUUCCUGGAGCGAUUUUCCACCUUUAUGCUGCAUGUAAAAGCAUCAACCAAGAAUGCAUUCUUCAAAAGCCCAUGUAUACUGUGAUUUACAUCCUCUCUGUCUUGUUAAGAAUCAGCUUGGAGGUGGCAGCAUUUUGGCUUCAGAUUCAUCUCUUUGGCUUCCAGGUGAAACCUCUAUACUUGUGUGAUGCCGAAUCCCUUGGUAAAAAAAUGAAUGUUCUAAAAUGCAUGGUUCCAGAACAUUUUGAAAAGACUAUUUUUCUCAUUGCAAUGUACACCUUUACUGUAAUCACCAUGGUAUUAUGUGUUGCUGAGAUUUUUGAGAUAAUAUUUAGAAGGUCGUGUUUCCUCUUUAAACAAUGACAGGGUUGAUUACCUAUUGUCAUGAUAUAGUUCCUAUCACUCAUUUAUGUUUAGU